UCUUACGUUCUCGCCACGCCGAUGGCUUUUUGGGUCGUGCUUCCUUCAUUGAGUCUCGGUCACCGGGUCUGGUCGUCCUGCAGAAGAGAGGCCUUGGGAGUUUUCGACCAAAGGGUGGCCUUAGCAAGGGUAGAGAUUAUAGAACGCUCAACCGGUCCUCUGGACGGGUCGUACGACUACUCGCUAUAGGAUUAACGGCGUCUGCAGCGUCGUUACUUGGUCUCUUGGCCUUUCUUCACCCAAUUCAUCUCGACGACGAAAACUCCCACUCAAGGAUGAACUCCGACGCACCCCAAGAACCUAAGGGGCGCCUUGUCUCCUGGGCUGAGCUUUCCGAGCACAAUACUCGAAAGUCGGUCUGGGUCUUGAUUGAUGGAGAGGUGUACGACGCUACGGAGAUAGUGGACAUCCACCCAGGUGGUGUUGGUCCUUUGAUGAAACAGGCUGGACAGGACGCGACCAAGGCAUUCAAGCCCAUCCACCCACCGGGCACAUUAGCCAUGCUACCGCCAGGAGCUCAUAUUGGUUCCAUCGACCCCACAACAGUACCUAAGGACUUGACCGGUCCCUCAGAAGAAGACAUCCGAAUAGCGGAGGCUAGAGCAACAUUGCCACCACCAAGCGCAGUGUUAAAUCUGGCCGAGAUGGAAGAACUCGCGAAGGGUGUUCUUACGUCUACUGCCUGGGGAUACUACCGGUCUGCUGGUGAUGAUGAGAAUACUUUCUGGGAGAACCGUAAUGCGUUCAAAAGGUUCUGGUUCCGGCCACGGGUACUCAACAAGAUUUCACGCGUCUCAACAUCCACGACUAUGCUCGGCUUACCGACUACUCUGCCCAUUUUGAUUGCGCCCGCAGCUCUGGCACGCCUAGGCCAUCCGGAUGGUGAAAUGAACCUCACACGAGCGGCUGGUGCGGAGGGAAUUCUCCAGGGCAUCAGUAGCAAUUCCUCCUGUUCGCUCUCGGAGAUCACAUCUGUCCUUCUCCCAACUCAGCCCCUAAUAUUUCAACUCUACGUCAACCGUGAUCGUUCAGCUACCGUCGAACAUCUUCAGAAAGUCCGUCAAGCUGUUGGCCCCAGCGCUGCAAGCGCCUUCAAGGCAUUGUUCGUCACAGUUGAUGCUGCCGUGGCUGGUAAAAGGGAGCUAGAUCAAAGAGCGAAAGGCGAUUUUUCGGGGCCUGCGAUGGGUGGAAAAGACAAUGAGGGCGCAGGAGCUGGUGUGGCAUUGGCUAUUAGUGGGUAUCAGGAUCCGGAUGUUUGCUGGGACGACAUUCCGUGGAUACAGAAACACUGGGGUCUCCCUCUAGUUCUUAAAGGCAUCCAAUGUGUUGAGGAUGCGGAGAUAGCCUACGACAAGUAUAAUGUUCAGGGUAUCGUGCUCUCAAACCACGGUGGUAGAGAGUUAGACUACUCGCCAGCGCCCAUCACCGUGCUGCACGAGCUGCGGCAACGUCGACCUGACAUUCUGGACGAUCCGAAAUUCGAGGUGUACAUUGACGGUGGCGUCACACGCGGGACGGAUGUGUUGAAAGCUCUCUGUCUCGGCGCACGCGGUGUAGGACUCGGUCGAGCGUUCUUGUACGCAAAUGCAUUGUACGGGGAAGAGGGAUGCCGGCGUGUCGUGCAAAUCCUGCGCGAAGAAAUUGUAACAGGGAUGCAGUUGAUGGGUGUCACAAGCUUGGACCAGCUGAGGCCCGAACUUGUGAAGUACGCGGGUGAUUCGGAUAGGGGCGAUUCAGCAUGGGCACGUUCGCGGCUUUGAAACAGGAUAACAGCGCCUACUUUCGACUCAUCAAUAAGCUUGAAUGUUGUGGGAAAGCUAGCAAAGCUACUCUCGCACAUGGGGAUUUUUACGCGAGUCCAUUGGACUACGCUAUGGUCAGCGUUAUCGAGAGAUCUUCUUCUUCUGCUUCUGCUUAGGAGAGAGCGUGGGGCGCGGUGGAUAAACUCGUGG